CCUGGCUUCCUCCCCCAACUGUGCCCGCACCCCAGGCAGAGCCCUGUCCCACCACCGAGACAUGAUGAAGUUUCUGCCGUUGCUGCUGCUGUUGCUGACUAGCUGGGGGCCCCCAGGGAGCCUCGGAGAGGGAAUCCCCCAAGAAAACACACUCUCAGCCACAUCCCCUCAUUUUGAUGAAGAAGAGAAAUACUCGACCCACAUGCCCCAACAUCUGCGCUGUGAUGCCUGCCAGAUAAUUUCCUACCAGAUGUGGAAGCAUCUAAGUGACAUGGAGAGCAAGCCGCUGGGCUACAGGGCCAAGGGGGACUCUCUGAGCGAGUCUGAGUACACCGAUGUGCUGGAGAAGAGCUGCUCUCAGAGCUGGAUGGAUUAUGGGGUCCAUGAAGUAAACAAGGUGAAACACUUUGUGGGUCCAGGGCUGGACAAGACGGUGGGCAUCACUAUGAUGAUGACGGGAGGUCCGUGGCCCGGCAGGCUCUUCAAGAUGUGCCACAACUACCUGGGAGAGUUUGGUGAAGAUCAGCUGUAUGGGGAGUACAGGCAAGGAGGCAGAGAGGCCCUGGAGAGGCUGUUGUGCAAAGAGACCUGUCCAGAAGAGGAGACACCAGGCCAGGCAGGGUUCCUCCAGAAGGAACUUUAGCCUUUUCUCACUCAGCAGAGAAGCCUUUGUGGACUGAGGAUGUUUUAGAUGGGCUACUAGUCCAGCUGACCCCUGUGAAUAUGGGACUUUCCCUCCCUUCAGUUUGCAAAAUUCACACGAGCCUCAUUUCUGGGAGCCAGCUCCAUCUUGGGCUCCUUCCUCAGCCUACAAAAGGAGGUUCAGGGAGCCAUCUCUCCUGGGGUCCCUGACAGAGGCUCAGGGAAGCCAGAGACACUCUCUUAGACUUCUUUUAGAGAUCCUGCAUCUCCUCCUUGCCCUCCCCUCUUCUUCAUCCCCUGACUCUUCCUCUACCACCUUCUCUUGUCCCCCUUUAGCAUCUUCUGCCUCCAGGCCUUGAUGGGGGAGGGGAGGCAAAGAAGAAUGCUUGGGGGUCUUGGAGCCAUCCUGUCCUAUUAUCUGGCCCACCAGACUUCAAUAAAAUAUAAUAUCCUU